AAGUUCUGGACGGAGUGCAAGCAGUGGAAGAUCAAGAAGGUAGCUUUCAGGAGCGUGGUGCUCGGCGCCGCCGCCGCUGGGCUCGCGGGAUUGGUCCUCAGCGAGGCCCAGACAGACACGCUAGAUCGACAGCGCCUCAAGUCGGACGCGUACUACCUGAUGGAGUGGCUGUGCGACUACAGGUCGAUGGCGGAAGCGGCAGAGCACAUAUGGCUGCGGCUUGGAGUGGUGCCGAUCGCAGUUGAACUACGAGUGCAAUGGCCCAAGGAGUGGCAAGCGAUCUCGAGCAGGCCUCAUUGGCACAAACAGCAGCUGGCAGCAGUCUUCGGCGAUCUGAAGCUCGAGAUGGCGAAGGAGUCGGGGCUGUCUCUGAUUGGCGAGGACUGCAUGGGCCUGUUCGACGCCGAGAGCGACGCCAACGCAGCCUUCAACCUGCUCGGUGUCAGGCAGUCUUGCAGCGAGUGGCUCACGCGGCUGUGA